UGACGUCACCCGCGUCCCCCGGCCCGGAACCUCCCCCUCCUGGUGAUGGAGGAAGAGGAGGUUGCGGUGGGGAAGAUGAAGCAGUUCCACGGCGGCGUCAGCGUGGGGGUCGGCGGCGGCGCCGGGGGAGCAGGGCUGGAUCCGGAGCGCUGCCGUUUCCCUUACUGCGUGGUGUGGACGCCCAUUCCCGUGCUCACAUGGCUGUUCCCCAUUAUUGGUCACAUGGGCAUUUGUACCUCAGCUGGAGUCAUUCGGGACUUUGCAGGGCCAUACUAUGUCUCGGAAGACAACAUGGCUUUUGGGAGGCCUGUAAAAUACUGGAAGCUGGAUCCCAGCAAAGUGUAUUCCUGUGGCCCUAAUGCUUGGGAUACUGCGGUGCACGAUGCCUCUGAGGAGUACAAGCACCGUAUGCACAACCUCUGCUGUGACAACUGCCACUCUCACGUAGCCCUGGCCUUAAACCUCAUGCGAUAUGACAACAGCACUUCCUGGAAUAUGGUCAAACUUUGCUUCCUCUCCCUUCUAUACGGAAAGUACGUAAGCAUAGGGGGCUUUGUGAAGACCUGGCUUCCUUUCAUCCUCUUUUUGGGGAUUAUCCUGAUAGUCAGCCUGACUCUUCACUUGCGAUGAUGGACAACGCCGGCGUUCUCCCCUCUUUUGAAGUCAAAUCUUGAAAACUCUGGCUCUCUGAGCCCAGGAAGGCUGUGGAAGUAAGCUGCGUGGCCCAGAAACCUGCAGAAAAGAAGUGCUGCGUAAUAACAACUCUUCCUUUAUCCUAGUGGACUUUCUUUUCUUCCCUCCCCACCCCCCUUUUCUUCCUCAUAAUUCUUCCCUUCAAACAUCAAGGGAAAGGGGGGAACCACCGCAUCUUGCUUCUCGCCAAAGGUCUCUUCUGGUUCAAAGUUCCUGCCUAGGGAUGUACGACCUGGACUUGGAUUUGUAGGUGGUGUGGUGAGGACUUUGGGCACAUCGCAGUAGGCGCCGGGGCUGGUUGUAAGCUUCCUCAAUCUCUCGCAGAAAGCUUCUCGAUGGCACUUUAUGAGGAAUGAUAGCAGUGGAUGCUGUGGGUUGGAGUUGGAGGGGUUUGGUUUUUAAAUCUGCUUGCGCUGGUAAAGGGGGUUUGUGGCAUUCUUGGUCGUAACAGUGUUCCUGUGGCAGGGUACUGCAGCGAUUGGCAGCCUGAAAUGACAGCCUCGUUGCUCAGGAGAGCUGGGGUUGCCUUCAGUCUUCGCUUCUGCAGAUAGGACUUUUUACCAUAGCGUAGAGGUUGUGUUCUAUUCUCCUUUGCACAAGAAGUGCAUUUUUUGGUUUGCUUUUAAUUUGGUGCUCCUCGGAAAUGCCAUCGUUCUGAAAGCAGCUGAUUUCUCUACCCCCCCCCAUGGUCCCACCAACCUAAGUGAUAUUUGGUGCAGUCGUUUCCAAGGGUGACCUUGAGCUGUUCUUGUUGAGAGUUCUAUUAAGACAUCUUGGUCUGCUUCAUAAAACCAGUUCCCAAAGAUUUUUUGCACACAUGUGUGUGAUAGAAACAGAGUGUUCUACCCACAUGAUGGUUAAACUCUAUGGCUUAUAACGUAGUUCUGCACAACACUGUGCCUUGAAAGACUCCAGAAGCAAAACUCGCCCCAGGGAGAUGCCUGAUCUAACCCAGCGAAGCUGGAAGUCUUACCAGUAUGAAGUCUGUUCUGAAGGGAAGAGAACCAUUCAUUCAAGAGCCAAGUUCUCUCGUACUGCUUUCCAGGUAACCUGAAAACAGGGCAGUCUUCAGCAACCUGGUGACCACGUUAGGUUUUGCACUGCAGCUCCCAUCAGUCACAGCUAGCACAUACUGCCCGGGUCUGAUGGGAGUUGUAGUCAAAAUAUCUGGAGGGCACCAGGUUGGCGAAGGCUGCACUAGAAAAUUGUGUGCCGCCCACUUAAUUUUGGCCUUGGCCCAUGUAGCAAUGAAAAGUGCAGUCUUCCUCCUCCUUUUUUUAACUGAAGGGGACGGAAAGUGCUACACUGCUCUGCUGCAUGCCACCCCCUCCCACCCUCCCCUCCCCAUGCUAAUCUCCACCCUUUCCAGUCUUUCACACACUCCCUGGAUGCCAAGUACUUUGCACUGUGCAAAGGAGCAGCUCAUUGUCUUCCCCUUGAAACACCUGCGUCCGAGCAGGUCCUCUUGGGUGUCGGACUCUUGCCAUUUCAACCAUGAACAACGGCAGCUGUAGAAAGCCGAUCAAUAAGCUCUAGGCUGAUUGGAGAUCAAAGGUCUUAGAUCAAAGGGAAUGCGUGUGGUGGCCUAUCCCGCUGCCCCUCUGCCCCUUCGCUUACACUCCCACACCCAGUGGGGAUUCUAGUUCUGAGGGAAAUAAUAAACCAGAUCCACUGAAUAGAGACUCUAUCCCUCCCUCCCUGCUCUCGUGUGUGUGUGUGUGUGUGUGUGUGUGGGAGUGGGGGGAAUCUUGCAGUGAUUUGCCAAAAAAAAAAAAAAGAGCUCCAGGAAACCCAAGCAACUCACAGACCUGGCGCUCACAGCCAACUUCCUUUCUACAGUAGCCGUAGCCUCAACUGGUCUUUUGAGUCAAUUAAAAAGUGCUUUGCUGACAUGAUGCAACUAUACAAGCGUUGCCACAUGUUAAAGUUGGCAAUAGAUGCAGGAGGAGCAAAGAUGCCAGAAACUCCCAUCACUCCUUUCCCUCCUUCCCUCUCCCGCUCCCUUUACCCCCCCCUAGCAUUCUCAUAAUAUUUCUACAUUCUUGAACAGCCUGCUUAGCGGUGAAGAGAGGUGACCAAUUGGGAAGACAGUGGAACUUCUCCGACUCACCCCAGAAGUCAAAUGUGCUAACCUACUAAAGGCACAGAGAAGUUACGAAUCUGGGUCUUGAAUCCCACUCCAAAGGAUUUCCUUGUUGCAGCCAAGGGAUGGGGAUGGUGGGCACCAAUAACUGAUGGGAAGCAACUGCCCUCUCCCAUGCCUGCCCCCAACACACACUGCAGGUCUUCUGUGGUGAGUUUUUAAGUGGUUGCUGAACUCUGCCCCUUAUGACAAAGCCACCACUUCACUCCACCGUGGUCCCGAAUUUCAGCCCUGCCUUUGUUUACCGUACUGCUGGAAAAACCUGAAACUGUUGGCAUGGCCAUGGCAGUGGGUGGGAAUGCGGGUUUAGUGGAAGAAAUAAAAUUGGGACAUCCUUACCACAAGCCCGUAUAGCACGCAAACCACGACCCCGCAGAAUGAAUUGGCCCUCCUCUUUUCAGCACUUUAGUUGCCACUCAUUUUUGAAUGCUGUGCUGCCCACUUAACGCCACCUCUUUAGGGCAAGGGUGUGAGUUACAACCUUCCUCUAAGGGGAAGCACUUCUGUGCAGGGAUUUUUGACACCAGUGUGUCACUCACUCAUAGGGUGCAGCACAGAGGGUUUCUUGGUGUGCGUGUAUGCGCUGGCAUACAGCUGUUGCCUCCCAUUUCUUUCCAGAAAUUUGCUGGUUGUAGGGACAGUGAGAAACCUGUGGUUUAGAGGUCAUUGUAUGCCACUGUCUCUGCACGCAUUCUGCAUUCCCAUCGGCUAGAUGUCUUCAGAGAUUUGGUUAGAUGCCAAGGUUCUUCUCAAAGGUGUCAUUGUUUAUUUGGUACCUACCCCGUCGAGGCUUUCUAGGGUUCUUGCUUUUUGUUUUGUUACAUUCCAGCCUCUUCAGUUUCCUUUCUUCUCUGGAAGCUUCAUUGAUGUGCCACUUGGGGUUCCCCCUCUCUCCCCUCCCCCCUUUGCUGAUGAUUAGCCAGAUGGGCCUCUGUCCUGUGAGUCGUUUCUCCAGGGGGUGCUGGAUUCCUUUGUAUAUACUGAACUCUGCUGCUGUGAUUUCAUAAUCCCAAUGAUGGUGAAAAAUAAAUGCAUUUCUGUGUAUGUCUCCAA